CGGGAGGGAAACAGCCGCAGAGGGAGGAAAUCGCUGUGGGGCCGCAGGGCCGGGGGAUCUGAGCUGCCCUGUGCCUGGGACCAGAGGGAUCCCCCCUCCCAGCCAGCUGGUCCUAUAGGAGAUAUAACCGCCCCCGCCCCUUGUCUCUCUGCUUGUCCCCUGGGCAGCGCUAGAGACGUCUCCGUUCCAGCCCCUGCUGCGCUUGGAGCUCGGGGCAUGUCUACACGACAGGGGCGCAGGGAGGGCGCUGUGCUGGGCUGGAUUUCCACCCCCCAGACCGGCCGUGAGUCCCAGAUGGAGCCAGAGGUAGAGCCGGGCACACUGGAUCCCCAGCGCUCCAGCGGCAGCCGCGUCCCUACAGGCACUUCUGCAGCUGGCGACGAGGCACAGAGCGGGGACAAGGAGGGGAGUCCUGGCCCGGAGGACGGGGCGCUGUCAGGCGGGUCCGAGUGGGAGUUGUCCCCCAGCCCCGACCAGGAGUGGCCGCCGAUGACGCUCCCCACUGCCAACUCAGGGAAACCCUACAACUGUGCUGAUUGCGGCAAAGCCUUCACCUGGCCCUCGCACCUGGUGCAGCACCGGCGCAUGCACACGGGUGAGCGCCCUUACCGCUGUGCCGACUGCGGCAAAGGCUUCGCCGACAGCUCGUCCCUAGUUAAGCACGGCCGGACCCACACGGGAGAGCGCCCCUACACCUGCCCCCAGUGUGGCAAAGGCUUUGUGGACAGCUCGUCGCUCACCAAACAUGCCCGGACCCACACAGGCGAGCGUCCCUACUGCUGUCCCAGCUGUGGGCGCGGCUUCGCCGACAGCUCUCGGUUGGCCCAGCACCGACGCACCCAUGCUGGGGAGCGACCUUACUGCUGCCCCGACUGUGGGAGGGCAUUUGGCCGUCGGGCACACCUGAUCGAGCACCGGUACACCCACACUGGCGAGAAACCCCACCGCUGCCACCAGUGUGGCAAAGGGUUCAGCCAGAGCUCCAACCUGACGCAGCACCAGAAGACCCACCUGGCAGAGAAGCCUUUCAUUUGUCCACAGUGCGGGAAGGGGUUCUGUCUGCGCUCCCAGUUGGCCAAGCACCAGCGGCUGCAUAGCCCUGACAACCCCCACCGCUGUCCCCAGUGCCACAAGGGCUUUGUGGACCGCUCACCGCUCCUCAAGCACCUGAGGAUCCACACCGGGGAGCGGCCCUUCCGGUGCACUGAGUGUGGGAAGACUUUCAGCAUGAGUUCACACCUCACACAGCACCAGCGAGUCCACACCGGUGAGAAACCCCACCACUGCCACCAGUGCGGCAAGGCAUUUGCCCAGAGCUCCAACCUGACGCAGCACCUGCGCACCCAUACUGGGGAGCGCCCAUACAAGUGCCCCAAAUGUGGCCGGGCCUUCAGUGAUAGCUCCAGCUUCUUGAGGCACCAGCGGCUGCACAGUGGGGAGCGUCCCUACCGCUGCCACCAAUGCGGCAAGGGCUUUGCUGAUGGCAAGGUGCUGCGCAAGCACCAACUGACCCAUAGCGGUGAGCGGCCCUUUGCCUGUGGGCAGUGUGGCCGCGCCUUUGCCCAGAGCUCCAACCUGGUGCAACACCAGGCCAUCCACACCGGGGAGCGGCCCCAUCGCUGCCACCAAUGCGGCAAAGGGUUCUGCUUUCCUUCACAACUGGCGCAGCACCGGAAGCUCCAUGCCACUAUUAUUGUGGUGGACGAUGGUGAUAACGAACUCCCCUCUCCAUCUGCCAACUAAGCCCCUCCAUUCCCCAGCUGCCCUGGGUGGGGAUUGAACCCGGGACUCCUCUGUUGCUUGAAUUACCGGGCGAAGAGGGUGAUACAGACUUGUAAUCCUUUAUCCAGCCACUAGAGGGGGACAGGGAGCAGGUUUAGUGCUAGAGCUGAUCAAAGGACAGAAAGAAAAACAGUUUCACUAAGUCAAUCUGGCUCUGGAACAAGACACUUUUUUUCUUUUAAUUGAAAUUGUUGGUGAUAUUUCCCCCCCAAAAGUCAUGUGACUAUAGGAAAAUCUCAGCUUUUAAAAAAAGUAAUUUUCUGAUCCUCAUAGUUGGGGAGAAAAGCUGAGAAAAUUACUCCAAAUGGCUCAGAAUCGUGUCUAAACAGACCUUUACAUUUAUGAUUUUCAGCAUCUCAUGAUGUUUUUAAGCCAUGACUAUUCUGGAGGCUGGCUCGUGAUUUUUGAAUGCUUAGAGCGGCCAUGCUGCUGGGGUUAAAUUUUGGAGAUAUUUGUGAACCCACUCCAAUCUCAAUGGAGUUGGUGGAAUUUGUUCAUGUGUCUCGCAGUUGUGAAGGGUUUAGGAAUCCAACAGAGGCUGAAUUUAUAGCCAGGAUUCUAAGGCUCGGGUGUAAUUCAUUGACUUAAUGCCUGUUGCCAGGUCUCCCUCUAGUGCACAACCCUGGCUACUACAACAUCCCACUGCUCACUCUCAGCUGGGGGAGUUACCCCUUUAGCUCAGGGUAGCAUGGGAUCAUGUGUUGGGGUUGGGGCUAACGGACGAGAGCUGGUCAGGAAAUGAUUUGUUUGUCCCCAUGAAAUUUUUUUUAAUGAAAACAUGGUUGGGAAAAA